GUACUGUUUUGUGAUUAUUAUUCCUAUAAAAUGGAUACUACUUUAAUCAAAACGGAAUACACAUCGAUCCUGAACCUUCAACAAGUUUGCCGAUUGUGUUUGAGUCAGGAACUGCUGGAAGACAUAUUCGCUCAGAAGGAUCUUAAUCUGUUGAUAUCUGCUUACCUCUCGAUUGUGGUUUCCAAAGACGAUAAAAUCAGUCUGUCCAUCUGCACUGGCUGUCGGAGGCGGUUACACGAAUUUCGUGAGUACCAGUUGCGUUGCCUUGAAGUGCAAGAUGUUCUACUUCGCAAAUCAAUCGCGGUCGAGGAGGGAGAUUUAUCGUUUGUGGAGUCGGAAGACCUCCAACAGCAUACUGCCGAUGUUCACGGGGAACAUCAAACGACAGUAGCAGAUGCACCUGUCAUAAGGAAGCAAUCCCGUUUUUGCAGACAAAAAAGCGAAAGCAGCAGCAAUAAGGUAACAUGCACUACUUGCACUAAAAAAGUUUUCCAAUAUCGCUUGGAAGGCCACCAGAACAGACAUCAAGGUCUUCGACCUUUCAAAUGCGAACGUGGCUGCGAGAACGUGGACUUCAACUGCCGAUAUAACAGACAGCACCACUACCGGAACGUUCACGACGGGGAACAACACGAAUGCGACGUUUGUCACAAGACGUUUCGUAACAAAGCUUGUCUGUACUAUCACAUAAAGGGCGUUCAUGCGCCGAAGACAUUCGAGUGUCCGGUUUGCAACAAGGGGUUCAGCACAUCCUCCCGUCUGCUAGCGCACAAGAAGCGGCACAGUAUCCGUGAGAGGAAAUAUCCCUGUUCGUUGUGUAGUCUUUCGUUCUUUACGAAAUAUAUUCUACAAAUCCAUAUGAAGACGCAUCGUCGGGUGAAUGCGCGGGGACAGAAGCAAACAUUGGUUGAUGCAGACCAAGCUGUGGAAAAUCCUGAACGAAUGCAGGCUGACACAUCUCUGACCAUAGGGGAAGAUAAGUUUGCGGAAAAGGAAGUGAAAAUUAAGCCUGAUCCCGAGCAGAGCAACGAUGGAAAAGACUGUUCGAUUCCAGAUGAAGAAAAACAGCUGUGUUCCGUUUGCGACAAAAUUUUCCCCAAAGUUCGCAUGGAAGGUCAUCAGAAUUGGCAUCAAGGUCUCCAACCCUUCGAAUGCGAACGUGGCUGCGAGGACGUUGAUUUCCACUGUCAACAAAAGCGACUGCAGCACUAUCGGAAGGUUCACGACAGACACGAGUGCGAUAUUUGUCACAACUUCUUCCGGUCUAAGAAAACGCUUAGAACUCACAAGCAGGGCGUUCAUGCGGCGAAGACAUUUGAGUGCUCAGUUUGCAACCAGAAGUUCACAACAUCAGCGCGUCUUAAAAUUCACACGAAGUUCGUUCAUGAUCGUGAGAAGAAUCAUGCAUGUCAGAAAUGUAGUAAAUUGUUCUGCUUCAAAUAUGAACUUAAUAGGCAUUUGAAAUCGCAUGGGAAGGAAGAAGGAAGAAGACAAGCGAACAGGCAGAUCGUCGUAAUGGAAACAUUGGUGAAACUUGAACCGGGGGCAGAUUCUAAGCAACUUCAAGAUGACAUGCACGACGACUUCUCAUCUAUGGCCAUGGAGGAAGUGGAGAAAAUCGAUGUCAAUGUCCGGAAAACUGUUGAGAAACUGGAAUGUCAAAAAUGUGACAAAAAGAUUCUCGAAACAGGCAUGGAAGCACACCUCAAUUGGCACGAAGGUCUUCGGCCCUACAAAUGCGAACGUGGCUGCGAUGGUGAGGGUUUCAGAAGUGAUCAAUUGCGACAGAACCACUAUCGAAUUGUUCACGAGAAAAAUGGGUGCGAUAUUUGCCAUAAGACGUUCCGAUGCAAACAAAAUCUGAACAGCCACAAAAGGAGCGUUCAUGGAGCAAAGACUUUCACGUGUUUUUGUGGAAAAGCGUUUACAAUAAAAUACCGUCUGGAGCGGCACAUAGACCAGGUUCACAAGGGCGACAAGGAUCAGUGCUGUCCGAUGUGCAGCAAAGCUUUUACCAGAAAGCAUGACAUGAUUAAACAUAUGGAGAUUCACAAGAAGAACGAACAGGACGAGGAGCCUGCCGAGUUUGAGGAUCUCUUUGAGGCAGAAGCGGUGAAAGUUGAAACUCGGGAUGAUAUUGAUGAUGAUUCUAUCAUUAGCAUAAAAGAGGAAAUCAAUCCAACAGAUGCAGCUAUUCAGAAAACAACCGAAUCAUAAUGA